AUAAAACGGGUGCUUACACUUUCAAAACAAAAUGCCUGGAGCAAUAAUAUAAAUCAGUUUAAUUAGGCUGGUUUGCUUUCACUUUCCUUUUCCAUAUUGUGCUUUACAAUAAUCAUGGACUGUUUUCAGUUUUACAUCAAGUGCUGCCGUUUCUCGGAAAUGCUGGAAAGAGGAGGGCAGCAGCAGCUUACCAAGACAAUGAGAGUGCAGAUGAAAACUAAGACUACAUUCAAAAAUUAUUUAGAAGAAAAUACGUGCAGAAUCUCACAUUUAAAACCUGCAUAUAUGUAAGCUUAAAAAUCAUGCAAGGACAAGAAACCAUUUAAAAUGCACACUUACACAACAACCAACUAAAGAGGCUUUAAGCUUGCACAAAGGCACUGGGAAAGUAUGUAUGUAAACUGGGCUGAGUUCCAGUUUCGUUUUGAUAGCAGGGCUAUAAAGAGGGGUGAGCUGCAUGAGCAUUUCAUUCUUUGCAGCUCGAGUUUCUGCUCUGCGCCCUCCAACCUGAUCAUGGACAGGCAACCCUUCAGUUCAAACACAGCCACUGGCACAAACUUUACAAACAACAAUGAAUUGAGGAUCGUGUUGGUGGGGAAGACCGGAUCUGGGAAGAGCGCCUCUGGAAACACCAUUCUGGGUCGAAAGUGCUUCGAUUCAAAGUGCAGCCCCAGAUCUCUGACCAUCAACUGCUCCAAAUGUAACAGCGAGCUGGACGGAAAGCAGGUCGCCGUUAUUGACACGCCGGGCUUGUCGGACACCAGGUUCGACGAGGAAAAGACUAUCAAAGAUUUUAGCCGGUGCGUCCCGUUUGCCGCUCCUGGCCCCCACGUCUUCCUGUUGGUCAUCGCACUGAACAGAUUCACAGAAGAGGAGAAAUCCGUGGAAAAGAUUCAGGAAAUCUUCGGGAAUACUGCAGAUAAAUACAGCAUGGUUCUCUUUACUCAUGGAGAUCUCCUCGAAGACACCAGCAUAGAAAACUUCUUGUCUGAAAGCUCAGAGCUGCAGGAUCUUGUGAGAAGAUGCAACGGCCAGUAUCAUGUUUUCAACAACAAACUGGAGAAUAAAAAGCCUCAGGUCACGGAGCUGCUCCAGAAGAUCAGAAGCAUUGUUGAUAAAAAUGGAGGAAGUCACUACACCAACGAGAUGUUCCAGGAGGCUGAGAGGAUAAUCGCUCUGAAGAAACAACAGAUCCUGAAGGAGAACAAAGAGAAAAUACGCAAAGAGAGAGCAGAAGUAGAGAAAGAAAUCCAGCUAAAGUAUCAGAAAGAGAUGCAGAAGAUCAAUCAGCUUUUCGAGGCUGAGAGAGAGAAGGAAAGACAGGAGAGAGCGAAGGAAAGAAUGGAGAGAAAUAGGGAAAGAGAAGCAGAGAAGAUGAUGGCUAGAAUGCAGCUGGACGAGCAGAGAAGGAUGGGCGAGCAAUGCAGAACGCAAGAAAGAGAGAGGGAGAGGCAUGAGAGACAAAGAGAGAUGUACGCCAUGCAGGAUCAGAUGAAAAGAGAGAGAGAAAAAGAACUGAGAGAGCAGAGCGAGAGACUGGACGCCUGGUAUACGUCACAACUCCAACAGCAGGAACAAAAGCUGCAAGCCAUGCAUGCUCAAGAAGCCAGAAGACAAGCUGAGCAAUCCGCCAGAUCCGACUCUUCCUGUGUUAUUCUGUAAACAUUUGACUUACAAGGUUAAACGAUGAUCUUUUUUCCUGUUGUAAACACUAAUCUGAACACGUUAGCUGUGCUGUUCAUUUAAACAUGCAUGUUCUUUCACUCUGUUACAAAAACUGUAGAAAUUAUGAUUUAUUCUCUGAAUGGAAGAUAAAUAAAAUAAGACUGGAAGAAUA